AUGCGGCCUCGUGCGAGCUCCUAUAACAAAUCAUCAGCAGAAAAACAGGAGAGAGUUUCCUGCAGGAGGUGCUGCUGAGUUUAAAGGGUUAACGGGAGGAGGCGCAGCUCCUCUGGGUGGAGUGAAGCUCUCCGAAGUUCAACUCACAAAUUAGCCCCGAAGGCUCCGCUGCGCUGUGUCUGAGUAGAGAGAGAGAGAGAGGGAGAGAGAGAGAGAGGGAGAGAGAGAGAGUGAGAGAAUAAAGAAAAGACGCAUCAGCUUCGUGCGUGAAAAGAUUCAAACAACCGUGCGCGGACAUGAGCGACGUGAGCGAGGAGGCGCUGCUGGACUACUUCUCCUCGCGCGGAGGGAACUCGGGCAAAGUGAGGAACGCAGACAUCCUGAAGACCUUCAAGCCUUUUAUUGGUCACGGUGACGCGCAGCUGCGUGCUAAAUACAGAGAAGAGUUCAAGCUCAUCAUCGACCGGAUCGCUGUGGUGAAGUCGGAGAAUGGUGAGAAGUUCCUCGUCCUGAAGAAGAAGUACAGGCAGCAGCUGCAGGAGCGCGAUGCCAGACAUCCGGACUCGGACGGGGACGGACAGAGACGUCUGAGUCCGUCCAGGACAGAAGCCACCGCACAGUGGGACUCGCCCAGUGCCACCACUCCUCCUCCUCCUCCUCCUCCGCACCAGAGACAGGAUGAGCGCGCGUCACGUGGGGAGGAGCAGCGGACAGGAGGAGUCACCACGCAGCUCCCUCCACCUCCUGUCAUCCACAUCCACGUUCCCUCAGAGCCCAGCACCGGGGAGGAGGAGCUGGACAAGGACUCAGGGUCAAAGUCGGAGUCGGAGCAGGACGAGGAGGGAACCGGCAGCUUGGGCUCCGCCGCCGUCGCCCUCGAUCCUAUAGAGAAGGAGUGGAUCUACUCGGCUGCUGGUGCUCGGGUCCCUGACCUCUCUCAGCUGCUCAGGCAGGACCCCUCGCUGGCAAACAAGAAGGACUUCACCUCUUUUACGGCUCUGCACUGGGCGGCCAAGCACGGCAACGAGGACAUGGCUCUGCUCGUGGUCAACGCCGGUGCUGAUGUCAACACCAAGUCAGUGAGUGGUUACACGGCUCUACACAUCGCAGCGUUACACGGGCACCGGCACAUUCUGGACCUGCUCACACGGAGAUAUGGCGCUAAAGAGAACUUGAGGGAUUACAGCGGCCACCUUGCCUUCCACUAUCUGAACGUCAAAGAGCCGGAGGGUCCAGAGGAGGAGAUCGAGCUGCCAGAGCUCCACGUCACUCAGGCCAGGGAGCGGAACAGGAACAGGAAGCUGGUGACCUUGUUCCACUCUAAGAAGAAGUGGGGCUCGGCCGAGGAGCUGGCGCCGAUCGAGGAGGAGAGGACGGCGUCGCAUCAGCUCGUCCCGCCGCCGUUCAGACCCCGGAAGUUCUCACGCUGAGGAGAAACUCCGACUUCUGACUCAGACAUUCUGGCUUUUACGUUCAUAUUCACACGUAACGUACAACCCCCUGACCCCCCUGCAUUUACCAUGAAGUAUUAAUACUGUGUGUGUAUAUUUAGUAUGUACACACACACACACACACAGACACUCACACACUCGCUGAUGCACCUAAAAGCUCGAACAAGUACUGAACACCAAAGCUUUAACUCUGAAUUAAGAAUCGUGAUGCUGCGCCUUUAAAAGUUUUAUUAAAGCCUCUAAACUUUACUUCAUGUUUUUAAAUAUUACUUAUGCCUUAAAAUGUCCAAUGACCUCAGGCUACAGUGAUUCUUUAAACUUCCUUCACGCUUUUUUGUGCUGAAGUUCUGACGAUGAACUUCAGGAUGAAGCUGGUUUUAUUCUCCAUUUUAAAAGUUAAAAUUUAAAAGUACUUUCAAUCGCCACAGAUUUGAUGUUGUUGUUAUUUACAGCAGCAGGUGAGAGUAUGAGGGACAUAUGAUUUGUUUUGUUUAUCAGCCACAAUAUUGCAACCAUCGAACGUCAACUUACCAAAAUCUACCAGACUAUGAAACGAUGUGUUAAAGAUCCUGGAAAAGAGAAAAGUCAAAACAAACGUGUUUUAUUCACACCGUCGAGAAGAAGUACUACAUUACCCACAAUCCUCAGGUGUAUGAGCAAUGUGUCUGAUUGGUGAAUUUGGCUGUUAACACUGAAAUCUUUUACCACAACCACGAGAAUCCUGUCUGCUAGGAUCAAGUGGUUCGGCUCCACAGCCCAGAACCACCAGGACUUCUCUGAAGCAGGGAUCAGUCGCAAUGCUUCAUGGGAUAUGUAGUUCCUUAAAAUACUUAUGUACACAGUAGUUGCCUUUUUUUUUUUAUUUAGCAUUUUCAAAUAUUAUUUUGCAGCAAAUCAAAUGUGUCACGGUCACGAUUCAUCUCGUAGCUGCUUCCAAACUCUUUUUAUGAGGAUUUUCUUAAAUGUCCUUGGUGAAAAUGAAGAGAAAUUAACUUUGUUUGAAGGGCUUUUGUACUGUUCAUCAUUUCCAUUUGUUGUGAUAAUUGUGUAAUGUAAUCCAAAAGGACCAGCCUCAGUUUCAUUAUUUGCACAAUAUUUAUACAAUGAAGAUAUUUUGGUAUAAAACUGUAUUUUAUAUCAAA